AAGUUUGUUUGAAUCUUACUUAGUGGAUGUCAACCUUGAAAUGUUUGUAAUCGAUUAAUUUCGGUCUUCUCAUAAGAAAUGGCUUCGAAAGUGUUGAGAUUGUAUGUUAAAGGUUUGCCAUGGCAUAUUUCGAGAGAGGAGCUAAUGAGGCACUUCUACAAAUUUGGAGGUGUUACUGACGCCAUGGUUAUAAGGGACUCAUACACAGGGAUGCCCAAAGGUUUUGGGUUUGUGUACUUCAGAGACGAGUCUUGCAUGAAUAAAGCACUUGCGGAGGCUAAACAGCGGGCAGCAGACGGCUCUAUGUGGACAGUCGCUAAAAGGACUGGAGUAAUUACAAAUAAAAAAAAUAAGACAGGGGACAAAGAAGAGGCAGAAUCCCACUUGGAGGAUUUGCCUGAAGAAGAAUUGCAUACGAAACCUAUAUCAUCUUGAAACUUUUGUGUUACUUUUAUUUUAAUAAAUGUUUGUAUACUU